AUGGCGGCCAUGCGGAGGCUCCUGCAGCAGCUCCAGCCCGCCGUCGCGCACCACCAAGCCGCCCUCCGCCGAGCCACCCACUGCCGCCUCCUCCACUCUACAUCCCCCCUCGCUGCCGCCUCCGCCUCCCCGCCGGACUCCCCCUCCCCGUCGCCUAGCCUCCUGCCCCGCAGCACCGCCUCAAUCCUGCCGACGAGAGCCGGUGCCUCCGUGGCGGCCGCCCGGACCGGCACCGCGCGCAGCGAUGGGUCCCUCGACGAGCCGCUCUCUCUGCAACUAAGCAGGACCUCGGACUGGUUCGCUUCUUCGUCGUCGACGUUGCUCCACGGCGUCGGCGCGCCAUGGGCGCACUGGACAACAACCCCAGCUGAAGACGUGGUGUUGAUGCUCGCCGGCGCCAAUGUGGUCGUCUACGGGCUCUGGCGCCUGGCAGAUCCCAAGUUCAGGUUCAGUCCUUCCGUGAUUUGGCUGGACAUGUACACUGGCGGGCUGCUGCACAAGUUGCUCACAAGCGCUCACAGCUACAUUGAUCAGAGGUUCAUGGUGAAUCAUUUCAUGAUUUCGGUGGACAAUUUCAAGAGCUUGCGGUUGCACACACUCCUCACAAGUGCUUUCAGCCACAUAGAUGCUAAGCACCUCUUCAAUAACAUGCUUGGCCUCUACUUCUUCGGUUCAAGCAUUGCCCACAUAUUUGGUCCUGCUUAUCUUCUACGGUUGUACGUAGAAGGCGCAAUUUUUGGAUCUACAUUCUUCUUGGGAGAAAUGAUUUUUCUAGCUUCACGGAAAGAGGGUUUUGGAGGAUGGAACACUCCUGCGCUCGGUGCAAGUGCUGCAGUUAAUGCAACUAUUCUUCUCCACAUUUUUAUGUUUCCGAUGAGUAAAAUAUACUUGCUCUUCUUCAUUCCUCUUCCAGCUGCAUUAGUGGGAGCUGGUUUGAUUGGUGCUGACUUAUGGAGGGUCAAGAAGGGCAAGAGUCGUGUGUCAGGUUCUGCUCAUCUAGGGGGUGCCUUGGUUGCCGCACUUCUGUUUGCAGAAAUCAAGGGUUGGAUCUGAUCAUGCACCUUACUCAUACUGACAUGGAGUAGAUCCAAUGUCCUGUCAGUACUUAACCUCACCCCAGUACUGGCGCUAGUGGCCUCUUGGCUGUUGAAAUCUUCUGUUAUUUGACUAGUGUGGGUCUGGGGGAUGACUCGUAGAACAUGCUACUCAUUAUCCGAGUUUCUGAGGUAGAAGUGUUCUAAACAAAGUCUACAUAACAUGUUGGCAGAUGCUAUCAACAGAUUGGUAGAAAUCUGCGAAUUUGUCUCCUCACGAGCCAUCCUCAAACAUGAAAGAACUAGAAAUGUAUUGUUAAAUCUCAUUUUCAUGUUUAAUAUUUGAAUGCA